GCACCGACAAUCACACACACACACACACACACAGCGUCGCUGACAAGACUUGCGAUGAAGGCGAUUCGCACCAUCGGCUUCACCGGCACCAUCGCCAGCGGCAAGACAUCCCGCUGCAAACGUCUAGUCGAGGUCGCCAGGGAGCAUCAGCGCGGGCUGGAAGCAGCGGCUGCAGCUGCCCAGGCCGUUUCCAACAAGCCACCCUCCCACUCCCCCCCCUGUGUCGACCAUACCGUUCUCGUGCACUACAUCAACGCGGACCUGGUGGGCCACAACAUCUACGAACCCCACAGGCCCUGUUACAAGGACGUCGUCCAGCACUUUGGCUCGUCGAUUCUCACCCGCACACCACCGUUUGCCGGUGCAGCGGACGCGGACGGGGAGGGCAGUGGGAAGAGCGGCAAGGCACCGCUGUCGGCCCCCUACAUCGACCGCCGUGUGCUGGGCGAGAUCGUCUUCGGGGAUGCGCGCAAGCUUCAGGAGCUGAGCGCCAUCUGCUGGCCGUACAUCACCGCUGCGAUUCGUGCGGAGUACGCGGCCGUCUGCGCACGUGCCACCGCAUCGACGCCGCUGCCCAGCACGAUCGAUCUCACUGCGUUUCCCGCCCUCCCAGCUGGACCGGCGGCGGUGGCGCUCAUCAUUAUUGAAGCGGCACUGUUGUGUGACAUAGUCGAUGUGCUGAGCUUGACAACCGAUUUGUGGAUGACGCACUGCACGCCGGAGACGGCAGUGGAUCGGUUGAUGGCGCGCAAUGGUCUCAGCAGCGACGAGGCCGGGCGGCGAGUCGCCAGCCAGCGGGAGGUGGAUGAAAAACUGCAAGCGCUGCGGGAGCUGUCGUACAAGGGCGAUAUCGAAGUCUUCGACACGACACAGGUGUCGCUCGCGGAGGGUUUGGAGGAGACGGAGAAGGCGUUUGAGAAGUACUGGAAGAAGAAGGUGUUGGUGCACUUACCUCUCGACCCUGCCGCGUAG